AUUUGAAGUUAUGUCUUGUUUUCACAACUCUCUGCCAAGGGUCGGAACUUCUUCUUUUAAUUUUUUAGAAUCUCAUGGUGAAUAGUUUCUUGGUAGGCGAUAGGAACUAGGGUUUGGCUAUGUCCUAUAGCUGAGACUGAGAGCUUGAGAGUGAAUUGGAAAGGAACUAGGUUUUAGUUACUGUAAAUCAACUUUACACGAGAUCUGUCGAUUUUAUUAGACUAGGAAUAAAAAUAGAAAGUUCAAGAAACAACAAAAAAAAGAUGUCCUUGUCGGAGAACUCUUACUCCACUAUUUAAGAAACAAACUGAGAAAAACGAGACCUAGAUUAGGCCUACGGCUAACAGCUAUUGGUAAGAUUCGCCUUUGAUGUUCUGGGCCAUAUCCAUGGCUAAGGUGCUUGCGUUUUGGAAGGUUCAUGUGUUUCUCAUUUUUUCUCCUUCCAAAUAUUCCACCAAAAGGUCAUCACGGUCCGUUGAAUUGGCUUCUUAGCCGUUUGUCGAUCUUUCUUGCGGCCGCCAGCUGGUAGGUUUGUUCUCCAGUGAUUAAUUCCUUUGGAAGGCCAAGAAAUUGGGGGGUUUUCCCCCACAUGCAAGAAUUAGUGCUUAGUUAUCCGUGAUCUCGGCGUUCUCUCCUCACCAAAAUAGCAGCAAGCUUGUGAAUUUCUUGAUUUGGCAGUGUCCUGUGAGAAGACUUGGAUUGCUUAAGAGUUCAUUUCCUGGAGAGGGAAGACUUGGAUUGCUACAGAGUUCAUUUCCUGCCGAGGGAAGAUUUGGAUUGCUAAGGAGUUCAUUUCCUUGCAGAGGGCACUGUUGGUGUCCGCUUCGAUUUCGCAAUCUGAGACAGAGUAUGCGGCGUGUCCGAGUCUCGUCCCACCAGUCUCCCGUGCACAAGCUCGGCGACUCGCAGAUGAAACUGACGCCCAAAUUCCGGUUCGCCACCACCUCUGCAUUGCCGUCGCCGGUGCCGUCCUCGGAUUUGGAGGAGUCCUCAUGGGAGACGCCACUGAUACCUGGUCUCCCAGAUGACGCAGCGCUCAACUGCCUCCUCAGGCUGCCUGUUGAGGCUCAUGAUGCCUGCAGGCUUGUGUGUCGCCGGUGGCAUCACCUCCUGGCUGACAAGGCGCGCUUCUUCAGGCAAAGGAAGCUGCUGGGAUUUCGGACUCCAUGGCUGUUCACCCUGGCGUUCCACCGUUGCACCGGCAAGAUACAGUGGAAGGUGCUGGACCUGAACCACCUAACCUGGCACACGAUUCCGACCAUGCCGUGUCGGGACCAGGCUUGCCCCCGUGGGUUUGGUUGUGUUGCUAUCCCCAGCGAUGGCACCCUUCUUGUUUGCGGUGGUCUGGUCUCUGAUAUGGAUUGCCCGUUACACCUAGUCCUCAAGUAUGAGAUCUACAAGAACAGGUGGACGAUGAUGACUCGGAUGCUCGCUGCUCGGUCUUUCUUUGCUUGUGGUGUGAUUGAUGGACGUGUUUACGUUGCUGGAGGUUAUAGUGCAAACCAGUUUGAACUCAAUUCCGCAGAGGUUCUUGAUCCAGUUAAGGGUGUUUGGCAACCAAUUGCUAGUAUGGGCAUGAACAUGGCUUCUUCGGAUUCUGCUGUCAUCAGUGGUAGGCUUUAUGUCACCGAAGGAUGUGCAUGGCCGUUCUUCUCAUCGCCAAGAGGACAAGUGUAUGAUCCAAAAAUUGACCGCUGGGAGACAAUGCCAGUUGGAAUGCGCCAAGGAUGGACGGGACUAAGUGUGGUCAUUGACGAACAUGUGUUUGUCAUUUCAGAAUAUGAGAGGAUGAAGGUUAAAAUCUAUGAUCCAGAGACAGAUUCAUGGGACUCGGUCAAUGGCCCUCCGAUGCCUGAGCGAAUUAUGAAACCCUUCUCAGUCAGUUGUCUGGACAGCAAGAUUGUUGUUGUUGGGCGAGGUCUCCAUGUAGCGAUUGGGUAUGUCAAGAAGCAAUCUGGCAGCAGUUCUGAUAGUAGGAGUUCAAGCUACUCCAUUUGUUGGCAAGAUGUGGAUGUUCCUAAGGGAUUCAGUGAUCUGACACCUUCAAGCUGCCAGAUUCUUCAUGCUUAACUGCCAAGAACCCUGAUACUCUGCAUAAAGACCAAAAUGAUCAGCCUUGUCCGGCAUUAUGAUCGGCCGGCUAUUUAAACUGCUCCGAGCUAUACAAUUGUUGUGUUCUGUUUAUUAAUUGUUGUGUUCUGUUAAUUAAGCUUGUUUCCAGUGAGAGCUCUAUAAUCUGGAGAUGUUGCACCAGUAAAUAAACCGAGUUUCAUUUUCAUAAAUAGAGAAACAAACUGAGACAUUUUUGCAA